AUGACUGCUGCUUCUGUCACAAUCGGCGUCUGGUGCCUCGCCAUACUCACCUCAGUCUCCGCUUUGAGUCUGAAGGAGGGACUAGAGGAUCCAGAGAAGUACAUCCUCUAUGAUCAACAACCCGACAAUGUGGGUAGGCAGGCCGGAAUCACCUGCCUCUGUGUCUACGGCCUCCUGCUGACUUUUGUGACAAUGGUGUGUCUGGUGGCACGACAUCUACGUCGGAUAGGAAUUGUCGUCAAGAGGACUGACUGA